AUGGCAGACAAAUCACAACCCACCGAUGUCCCGCACUUGCGCUCAUCGCCACCUAGCCCUUCUUUCUCGCCACGCGCGACCUCCAUACCAGACGACUCUGAGACUGACUUCACCCCAACACCUCUCCACAGCCCUGGAGGCCCUCAAUAUGAAGACCUUCCGCCCUCGUAUGACUUUGCGCUGAGUGAUGCACAUAGUGGCGCUGCCGCUUUGGACGCCAGCCAGAUGGAGGCCCACCGCGUCAGCGCGAAUGAAGGACCUGAUGAGCCCGAGGUGUGGGAGUAUCGUAUGAGAGACGAAGGGGCUGAAGCAGAGGAUGUGAAUGAGCAUGAACAUGCACCUGCCUACGAAGGGCAUGUUCCUGUUCAGCAUGUUGCGAGUAGCGAGAGCAUCCCGGUUGGGAGAAUAGGUGACUUCAAUGCACCACCAGCUGCUACGAGUAGGGGCAUUGCGGACGCUGAUGAUCCUCCGCAUUCUGUCCCUCAUGCUGGGCCAAGUCCAGGCCACGGAUUCCCAGGCGGCAGAGGUGGUCAUCAUGGACAGGCAUGGUCUCCGUUCGGCGCAUCAGGUCACGGUCCUUUCGGCGCACCAGGUCACGGUCCUUUCGGCGCGCCGGGCAUUGGCCCUUUCGGGCCUCAGGUCGGUCCACGUGAUGGUGGAGGACGGUUUGCUCACGGCGGUGGCGGGCGUGGCGGGCGAUCUAACCCUUCGCAGGAUUGGUUAGCGCUUGGUCAGAAUCUGGGGAAGAUGGGAGAAGAGUUUGGGCGACGGAUGGGAAAUUGGGGAGAGCAGUUUGGACGUCAAGCAGGAGCGGCGGGAGAGCAGUUUGGAAGACAGGCGGGAGCCCUGGGCCAGCAGAUUGGUAGGGACAAUGGGGCCUGGGCUGCAGCGUACAGCGGUCGAGCAGCGGCAGUUCAAAGCACUCAUGCUGCUGGGCCAAGUGACGGAGCGAGGAGUGAGCCGCCUCAAUACGAUGAGCCACCGUCCUAUCAAGGCCCUGCGGGAGUGGCAGGUCAAGAGACGGGCGUCUUCCACGGCGAUCGCAAAAUCAACACCUAUCCACCAGAGAAAGAAAGCGAGGCGUCGCUCAAGAAAGCAUUGGAGAAUCGCUCGGAGAAGACGGUAGGGAAGCAAAAGGCCGACGACUAUGACGACUCCGACGACUCCGACUCAUCUAUCUGCUCAGACUCGUCUUCUUCUUCUUCCUCCUCCUCAGACAGUGAAGACGACGACUACAACGACGCGCAAGCCGUGUUCCUCAAGCGCAUCGACUCGAUCCACCAAGCGGCCGAAGCCGCAUCCUCAAAGGGCAAGAAGAGCGCCUCGGAGAUAGCGCACGAGCGGGACCUUGCUAUUGCAGCAGCCACGCGCGAAAAGGAAGCCACCGAGCUCAAGAUUGCGCAGAAGCAAUGCCGACGGACGCAGAAGCGGGAGCUACGAAGUCGGAAACGGGAGCUGGCGCGAGCGCAUCGGCAGAAAAAGAUGGAUCUGCGCACCGCGAGUGAAGUGGACGGGAAGGGCAAGGGCAAGGGGAAAGCGAAGAGGAGUGAAGGGUGGAGGGAGGUGAAGAAGGAGUACAAGGCGCAGAGAAGGGCGUUGAAGCGGGAGAGGGCCGAUGCGAAGAGGGAAUGGAAGAGAGAGAAGCGGGAGAGGAAGACGGGGCGGAAAGAGGGGCCUGGGGGCGGCGAGGGGGAGCUGAAGGUUCUCAAGGAGGAGCGUUGA